UGCCAGUGCCGCUGUCAUGGCGUCUGAGGCGCUGUCUGAGGAGAACCCGCCGCGGUCUCUUUAGAGCGAGGGGCGGGCGGCUGGGUAUGGAGAGCGGCCCCGAGAGCCUGCAACCGCUAGAACACGAGGUGGCCGCCGGGCCAGCGCCAGGGACAGGUUCUCCGCAGGAAGGGCAACAAGAGACCCGGCUCGCCGCUGGGGAUGGUCCUGGAGUAUGGGCGGCGGAGAGCAGCGGCGGGAAGGGGCAGGGGGCGGUGGCCGCCGGGAGGAGCCUCUCGGACUCGGCUUCUCCCGCCGGCUCUCCUCAGGUUCUGGUACCCUGCAGCUCGCUCCCGAGCUUGGACUUGAAGGAGAGCAAUUUGGAGAGUCCUGCUGCCCAGAAGGAGCCUCUAAGAGGGCAACACAAGGUGACCGCCUCCCCGGAGACAGCCGAGGCCGGAGCUGACCAUGGGCUGGGUCCUGCCGGAGAAGCGGGCGCCCGCCCGGAUCCCGCCGGCACCUGCCAGGAAGAGUCGGCGGCCGCGGGCUCUUCGGAGCCCAGCAGCGGCGGCGGCCUCAGCAGCAGUUGCAGCGACCCGAGCCCUCCUGGGGAAUCGCCGAGCCUGGACUCCCUGGAGUCGUUCUCUAACCUACAUUCUUUUCCCAGUAGCUCCGAGUUUAAUAGUGAGGAAGGAGCUGAGAACAGGGUCCCAGAGGAGGAGGAGGGCGCGGCGGUGUUGCCUGGGGCUGUGCCCCUGUGUGGAGAGGAGGAGGUGGAGGAGGAGGAAGGGGAGACAGCCCAGGUGCUGGCGGCCUCCAAGGAACGCUUCCCGGGACAGUCUGUCUAUCAUAUCAAGUGGAUCCAGUGGAAGGAAGAGAACACACCUAUCAUCACCCAGAAUGAGAAUGGCCCCUGCCCUUUACUGGCCAUCCUCAAUGUUUUGCUUCUGGCCUGGAAGGUGAAACUUCCACCGAUGAUGGAAAUCAUAACUGCUGAACAGCUGAUGGAAUAUUUAGGAGAUUACAUGCUUGAUACAAAGCCAAAAGAAAUUUCAGAAAUUCAGCGUUUAAACUAUGAGCAGAAUAUGAGUGAUGCUAUGGCAGUAUUGCACAAACUACAGACAGGCUUGGAUGUAAAUGUAAAAUUCACUGGUGUUCGAGUCUUUGAAUAUACACCAGAAUGCAUAGUAUUUGAUCUUCUUGAUAUUCCUUUGUAUCAUGGAUGGUUAGUGGACCCUCAGAUUGAUGACAUUGUAAAAGCUGUUGGUAACUGCAGCUACAACCAGCUAGUGGAGAAGAUCAUCUCUUGUAAGCAGUCAGAAAAUAGUGAGCUGGUUAGUGAAGGCUUUGUAGCUGAGCAGUUUCUAAAUAACACAGCCACUCAACUGACAUACCAUGGAUUAUGUGAACUAACCUCAACGGUUCAGGAAGGAGAACUUUGUGUGUUCUUUCGGAAUAAUCAUUUUAGCACCAUGACCAAAUACAAGGGUCUACUAUAUUUGUUGGUAACAGACCAAGGAUUUCUCACUGAAGAAAAAGUUGUUUGGGAAAGCCUACACAAUGUUGAUGGUGAUGGAAAUUUCUGUGACUCAGAAUUUCAUCUGCGGCCUCCUUCAGAUCCUGAAACUGUAUACAGAGGACAACAAGAUCAGAUAGAUCAGGACUAUCUUAUGGCUUUAUCUUUACAACAAGAACAGCAAAGCCAAGAUAUCAAUUGGGAACAAAUACCUGAAGGAAUCAGUGAUUUGGAACUAGCAAAGAAACUCCAAGAAGAAGAGGAUCGACGAGCUUCUCAAUAUUACCAGGAACAGGAGCAAGCGGCAGCAGCUGCUGCUUCUGCUGCUGCUUCUGCGUCUGCUUCUACACAGGCCCCGCAAAGCCAGCCAGCACAAGCCUCUCCGUCAAGUGGCAGACAAUCUGGAAACAGUGAACGUAAACGAAAGGAACCACGAGAAAAAGAUAAAGAAAAGGAAAAGGAGAAAAAUAGCUGUGUCAUUUUGUAACAAGUGGAUUCUGUUGGAGCCAUCUGUAUGUCUUCAGAAACAACCAUAGGAGGAAAGGAAGAAAAACCGAUAAAUACCGUCUGUGCCUGAUUUCCCAAUGGAUUUUGUUCAUGUUUAUCAGGGGAAAGGUUGUUACUUAAUUACAAUCAGACUUUUUAAAAUCACACAGUACACUCUUUAUGAGCUGGAGUUUCAUGUUACAAGUUGGAAAUGCUGUGUUGUCAUUCAUGAAAAAUAAUGCACUUGUAGCCAAAUAAGUAAAUAACAGCAAAUUUUGUGUCAUAGUGACAUUCAUAACUCAUAUCAGUUAGUAAGCUAUUUCAUCUUCUGUUCUAACAAUGAAUAGAGAUAAUUGAUUUUGUCUGAUUCCUUCCUCAAAUCUAAAUAUUAGCACAAUAGUUUCUUAAAUUAAUUUUUACAAUGUUAAAUUAUGAUCUGAUCCAUGAGAAACCAGGGGUUUAAUAUAGAUUUAAAAAGGAGAAAAAAAGACAAAAAUAAUAAGAAUAAAUAACCCUCAGUUGUAUAUUGGACUAGUUCAGCCCUUGAACAGCUUUACCUUUCUUUAGGAAUGUACAUUUUAGAUAUACCUUGAGAAACUGAUAAUGGAACUUGGAUUUAAUUUAGAUAGAAAAAAAAAAUAAAGGUUUGUAUUUCUUUUCCAGUAACAAAAUUAGAUAACACUAAAACUCAUCAAAAUCAGAUCUUAAUAACUUUGUAGUGUUGUAAAAUUUUGAGGAGUUUUAAAAUCUUUAAUAUAGGUUACUUGGACCACAGUUACUAUUUAUUCAGUGUGACAAGUGAGUAUAAAGAGGAAACCAUAGUGGAUGCUAGCCCUUGUAAAUAUAGGGAUGUACAAAAAGAGAUAGUUCAGUGUCUACCUUUUUCUAUGAUUACCUUGAACCUUAAAAUUUAAAUCAUGUUUAUUUUGUAGAAAAUUAAGUAUACUUAUUAAAUAAAAAAAAGCACAUUUCUGAAAGGAUGUUAGACAGAGAUAAUCUCUGAGUCUAGUGGAAAAGCAUUAUUAAAAAUCUGUUUGACGAUAGAUAAGAAUUUGGAGGAAUUUAUGUAGAAACAAUCAAGAUUUUUCUAACUUAUGAGAACCAAAUAACCUAUAACAUCUUAUAGUGUUUCUAGGAUUCAGAAAGAAUAUUUAUUGAACUUUAUUAUGAGGCAACACAUAUUUUCCUGUAUUUCUAUAGUUUCAAAAACUAUCCUUGAUAGUCCUUUUUAUAUGCUUUAUAUUUAAAAGUUUGUUUUAGUCAUUUUGAAAAGACUAUUGCUGCUGUAAGUAGUUAUGUGAUUUACAUUCUAAGCCUCAGUAAAUUUGUCUGUUCAAGAGCAUCUUAAUUUAACCUGAGCAUCCACUUAGAGAAUGCUUUUUGUGGUCUAGGGGACGAAAGACUACAAAAAAAAAAGGUAGUCUUGAUUUCUUAAGCUAUGUCUUUAACAUUCUCUGUGAUCCAAGACCAGUUGUAGGAUAAAUCUAUAUGUAAAAAGUAAAGUCUUAUUUAUGGAUGAAGUUAUUCUAAGGGAAAUAUUCAGGGUCAAGCUGUAUCUUUUAUGUCCGCCUGUAUCACAUGUCUCUUUAUGUUAUACCAUUUGUUAUUCCUUCAGAUUUCACAUGCUAGCAUGAUAAGUCAUCAGAGAACCUGUUUGGUUUAUAAAACUUUCAUACAAAAUAUUUGGUGAGCCUCUUGACCGUAAUCCAGAAUAUGCAUAUAUUGCUCAAGUAAUCAGAUAUAAGAUGUAUUACACAGUUCUCUAUUAGCUCAAACAAGUUGAUUUUUAGGCCAAGUUUAUUCUUGAUGUCACUCUGUUGGUUAAAGGAGGAAACUCAAACCUCACAGUUUGUUUUUCCCAGAACAGAUAGUAGUGUCGGUGCAUUAUAUUUUAUUAAGAAACAAAACAAUAAAUCAUGAGGAAUUUUUUAAAAUGUAUUUGAGGCAUGAUUUUCCAUAAUUAUAGUCUUAACUAUUCAUUGCCCUUGAAAAACAUGUGUAGAAGUUAUUCCUCUGUUGUUACUGUCUUCUUAAUUUGUUCCAAAGACAACACUGCCAUUCUGCAUUCCCAUUGAAGGAAGAAAAAUUUACUCAAAACCAGCAGUGCUGCUAUCAGAUAAGUAAAUGUCAAUGUAUACUUAUAAGAAAUAAGUAAGAAAUGUAAUGUGUUUGUUAAUUCAGCCUUUUUCUAUAUAAUAUUUCCCAGUUGGGCUUUCUUACAUUCCUGGAAUUCAGUUUGGUAUACCAAGAGUAAUAAUGAUAAAAUGUUUACUUUGAAUACUGUGGGGGAAAAAUUAAAUGUUUAAUUCUGUUAAAAAAAUGUCUUAUAGAGAUCUGGUUUUGCAUCCUUGAAAGUAAAAAAGAAUUUAGAGUGAUUAUGUUUUUAUUUUGCUCAAGUCAGCAAAUUACAUAUUCAGACAUUUCAUUGUUGGUUUGGGUAUAUUGGAAUUUGAUAGUGGUAUAUUAGUCUUUCCUUCACAGUAUUUUGUAAUGCUUGAAAAUUGUUGCAUGUAUAAGACUAGCAGAAAUUAGAACAUAAACAAUUUUGUUUUUAAGAUUUAUAGGCUAGAUUAGAGGCACAUUUGCAUCAACCAGUCACCAUUAGAGCUAGCAAAAGAGGCAGAUGAAUGAAUGGAUACGGUCGUUGAACUUUCUUGUACUUUCAAAGACUGUUCCUUAAGGUUAGUGACCAGUCUUUAUUAACAGUAUGAAAAUUUUCUCAUGCCAAUCCCAUUGAAUCAACAGUGCUGUGAUUUACAGUGUUACUAACACUUAAAAAUUGUGUGUGUGUGUGUGUGUGUAUUUCUGAAGCAAGGAUCUAUGACUUCUAAUAGAUUCUCAAGGGAAUCUAGGAACUUUCCUCAAAUUUAAGAGUCAUCAUUGUAAGCAUACACACACCAAGCUAUUUGAGGUAGUUAAAACUGGCAUUUGGCUGCUUCCUGUAAAAUGCUAGUUCAAUGUGCAUAGGUAAAGUAACUUAUUUCAUGUUUCAAGGUGUCCAGUAAGUAGUUGAAUGAGACAUAGAUUUAAGUAUUAGAAUUAGGCUUUGGGAUAUAUUUUCUGUCUCACAUCUCUAGUAUUUGACUACUUACCCCACAUUAUGUUUUGAAUUCUUCCCCAUACUUCUUGAUCUUAGCUUAAUUAACAAGCAGUGUACUAUCAGAUUGAUUGAGUCCAACAUUAACCAUUUUGUACCUUCACAAAACCGUAACAUUUUGUUUUCAAUGAAUAACCAGCUCAGUUCACUAAGAGACAAAAUAUCUCGAGAGGAAAGAGGACUAGAAGUCAAAUAUAUAUUUAAGAAGAGAACUGUAUUAAUGUUGGCCUUUCAAGCAGAUACUUAUAAAAUUCUGCUGGACAAAAAUCAAGGCAAGAAUUUCUAGAGCUGUCCUAAAACAAAUCUUUUUUUUUUUUAAAAAGCAAAUUGAUAGCAUUUCAUUAUAGUAAAACAUGAUGGAAAGCUUAUGGGUUUUACCUAUCACAAAAUAUUUGGACAUACAACUUAAAGCCUAAUAAUAAAUUUACUAAAAUUUGAUAAAAAUAAGAUGGCAUUAAAGAUAGCAUAUAAUUUGUAUUUUAAGGAAUGGGAAAUGUGAAAUUCUGAAGCAUUUUGUCUGAAAACCUGACUUUUAUCCUGCCUUCAGCAAAUUUACUGUGCCUCAGUUUACUCUAUGUAUCUAAAGAGUGCUCAUUUUUAGUGCUUUGCACCUUCGAAUAUAGGGCAUAGUAUAAGCACAGGGUAUUAUUGAAAUAAUCAUAAAUAUUACACACCUUUUGCUCUUGAAUGUGUAGGUUUUUUCCCCCAAUGGCAAUAUUUCUAAAGCCAGAUUUUUCUGAAUGCCGUUAAAGUGUGGAGAGUUGUUUUGUGUUUGAGUAUGGCAUCAUCUCUUCCCCAGGUGUGUGUUUGUUUUGUUUUACUGCACUGCACAAUAUGUGGGAUCUUAAUUCCCAAACCAGGGAUCGAACCCAUGCCCCCUGCAGUAGAAGUGCUGAAUCUUAACCACUGGACACCAGGGAAUUCCCUCUUCCACACAUGUAGAAUUUUACAGUUGCUUUUGUGUUCUGUAGGGCUACAGAAUCAAAACCAAGAGUAUUUGGGAGUAUAAAAGCAUUGAAAAUCUAUUUUUUCCAGUAUCUUUAAUAUAUCUAAAUAUUUAGAUUCUGUUCCUUCAUGGAACAAAGUACAGUGGGAUCAGAUUACUGAUACAUAUAUGUAAACUUUUUUGCUGGAUGAAAUUCAUUUAUAUCUCUUAUGUACUGUCCUUUUUAGGAUUAUUUAAAUUAUUAUUAUUUUUUUAACUAUAAACUGUUAUUUGAUAAUAUACAGUUAAAUUUCUACUAGAAAGUAACCAAAAAUAGUAAAAGAACUAACUGCAAUCAGAGUUCAGUUCUUAGGUCCUCUAGUUAUUGAGUGUCAUUUUUACAGAUGUCUGACACUCUUGGGAAAACAUGAAAAAUUGUGGUUACUCUUUUGGAGUUUCACUUUAAAACUAAAAUUAUAAUCAAAGUCUUCUUGAAUAAAAUAUACUGCAAUACAGAGAUAAUGCAGUCUAAAGGAACAAAUUGCAGGACCCUGUUAAUUUAUUUUGAAGAUUUAUCUAAAUUUUAACUCAUGCAUGUCUCUUUCUUAAUCCCAUUGUUUCUGCUGUUAGAAAUUAGAGUUUAGUAAAUUGUGAUAUGCAUAUAUGUAUUUUACAUGAAGGAUUCUAAUGUCUAACUUUCCUUUUCUGAUCUCAAAAAAAGUUCAACUCAUAAUGCAGGGCAAAAGUGUUCAACUGUUGCCUCAAGCUUAGCUUUAUACUGUUGAUCUGAGAAAGAGUGAGAUUUAGACUUGUCUACAUAUAAUACAUUUUUUUACAGCAUAGGACUGUCCCAGAAAAGGUGUUAAAAUACCAUGGCAGAAACAUAAAACCUAAGCUUUAAACCACUGUAGAUUUAAAGAUCAAAAAGCUGUAGUACUAUGUUACAAUGUCUCUACUUAGUCUGAUAUUAACCCUAAGAAUUCCUUCAAACCACUUAAUAAUUUGUCACGAUUAACUUUAAAGAAUUGUUAUCUGUCCUUACUGCAGUAUCCUGACAGGCAGAGGCACCCUAGAUUAGAUGGUAGACAAAGCAAAAUAUUUCUGAAGGUGAUCCUGGCUUCUUUGGCACUAGUGUAGUUACAGCUUUAAGAAUUCAGGAAACUAUGAAAUACAUUUAAAUUCUCAAAUCAAAGACCUGUCCAAGUGAGUGUUAUAACUGAAAUACCCUGCAGAACAGUUCUAACUAAUGAAAUGUGUUUUAAGACUAAGAUUGGUGUUUAAUCUGUCCUAUAUGUCUCUCAAUUUUAUCUGUUUUUGUUGUUUUUUACAUGGUAGUUGAAUGAAAUAGCCAUUUUUUCCAGGGUAUAUAGGAUAUCCUGGAGCUUUACAGAUUUUUAAAGAUGAGAAUUUGAAAAGCUUCCAGUGGUUUUUGUUAAAAUGCUGUUUUCUUAAUAAAAUGAUAACUAUUGUUUUUACAGAUCCACACAUCACAAGUAGGAUAAUAUGAUCGGAGACUGAUGUGUGCUUGCUACCCAACAAUCAGCAAAAGGCAUAAUCUUCACUUGUGAAACUUCAGAGGUACCCUGAAAGUAGUUUCCUAAAGUUAGUGCAUGUGUCUUUUUUCCUUGAAUUGUACAGAAUAAUUGGGAUGUGGCACAUACUUGGGGGCCUAGCAAGUGAAGUGCUGUAACGACUGCAGAGAAAGUGAUCUUGAAAUGUAACAAGAAAAAAGGUUUUCUUAUUCUCCCACUUUAUUGUCCAGCUAUUUGGGUCAGGAGGUUGCUAUGAUAGAUCUCUGUACCAGGCCAAGACUGGCCAACUGAAAUAGAGUUCUCAAAAAGUUUAAAUAUAUCGACUGUGUACGAGUGCCUAUUUUUUUCUCCUUCUUUCCUUUACUAUCUUAAUGCCCUUUCUGCUUCUGAAAUAAUACAUCUGUUUUGCUUUAUGACCAGCUUGAAUUCCAGUUGUAGAAUAAUAGCAGCCCUAGAGGUUGAUAGAAAAGAGCAUCAAAAUGCAGUUUUUGAAUAAAAACACCUAAAAGCAUCUCUCCAGCUUAGGGUUGAACUGAAUUUUUAAGAAAAUGAUUGUUUUAUAUGGUAAUUAUGCUAAAACUAUUUGAAUUUAAAAACUAAGUUUCAGAAGUUUCACUUUUGGAGGAUACUCCUAUAAGGGGCAUAUUGAACAAAGAUGAGAAAGUAUAAAAUAUUUCUGAAGGAAUUAUUCAGUAUUAUUCAACUUUUAGUUUCAUGUUUGUUAUUGUACCACAAAGAUAGUGUCAUUUUUGGAUUAAAAUGUUAGAUUUUUGUUAAUAUACUUAAAUCUGUAACCAGUGGUAACACUAUUAGUAUUUUUUAUUAUAGAUUAUAUUUUAUUUCAAUAAACUUUGAUAUUUAGACCCAAAA